AUGAGGCACGACCGCGUCGAAGCGCCCGUCACGUUUCGAGGAUAUCUCCUCUGCGUCUUCGCGGCCUUUGGUGGCAUUCUGUUCGGUUAUGACUCCGGAUACAUCAAUGGAGUACUUGGGAUGUCGUUCUUCAAGCAGCAGUUUGGGAACAUGCUUCUCAUCACUGGUUCCAUUGGCAUGCUCGUCUGCGAGUUCGUCAUUGCCAUUGUCGGCACAGUCGAUGAAGGCAGCAAGGCCGCUGGUACAUGGCUGAUCGUCUUCACCUGUUUCUACAUCUUCUUCUUCGCGUCCACCUGGGGACCAGCAGCCUGGGUAGUCAUUGGAGAAAUCUUUCCUUUGCCCAUUCGCGCCAAGGGCGUUGCUCUCUCGACUGCUAGCAACUGGUUUUGGAACUUCAUCAUCGGUUUCAUUACUCCCUACAUGGUCGACGAGAGCUAUGGAAAUCUCAAGGCAAAGGUCUUCUUCGUCUGGGGUGCUACGUGCAGUGCUUGCGUUGUUUCUGCCUAUUUCCUAGUGCCUGAGACAAAGGGCCUGUCUCUUGAGCAAGUCGACCGAAUGCUUGAAGAGACUACGCCACGUACUUCAUCCAAAUGGGUUCCUCAUCAUCUGCGUGAAGGGCACACAUAUGGAUCCUCCCAGGACACGACCGAGAAGAUGGGCCACCAAGGUCCACUUGAGCAGGGCGAGCAAAAGGGCGUUUGA